ACGCUGUUGCCAUUAGUAACGGAGAUCUCGCGAUAGUCUGAGAAGGGGAAAUCCCGAUCGACGCCCGCGCCAGUAACCAAUAUGUCGGCCUUCAUGAGGGGAGCGCGAGCCCCCUUCUUGCUGCUCAGGCCGGCCUUGUGCAGCGCGGCCAGCCGGCGAGGGGUCCGCGCGCUGAAGAGGAGCCCCGUCCGCGUGCUGCCCUCCGUCGCGCAGGCGCGGGAGGAGCAGCGACGGGUCGUCCCCGGCCCUCCUCAGCCCAAGGCCGGACCUUCGAAGAAGCCUCGAGACCAGGCCGGCUCGGAGAGCAAGGCCCCAAAGGCAGCGGCCGCGAAGGAGGAGAAGGGGCCGAAACGCAAAGAAGCGGAACUUCGCUUCGAGAAGGCGCAAUCCGGAGACAAGAGACUUAGCAAAGUGGUGACGCUUGCCAAGUCUAGGUCGUUUCGCGAGAGACAUGGGAAGAUCCUGCUGGAGGGCAGGCGACUAAUCACCGAUGCGCUGGCAGCUGGCGCCGUUCCCCAGACACUCUUCUUCAGCACCAUAGAGCAUCUGAAGGAGCUGCCAGUGGACAAGCUGAAAGGCGCCAGCCUUGUCAAGGUGAAGUAUGAAGACCUCAAGACCUGGUCUGAUGUCAUCACAUCUCAGGGUCUGAUUGGAAUCUUCUCCAGACCAGACCACGCCAAAAUGGCAUAUCCAGAAGUCCAGCGAGAACAUGUGCUGCCCCUCUCGCUGAUCUGUGACAACAUCCGUGACCCAGGGAACAUGGGCACCCUCCUGAGGUCAGCAGCUGGAGCAGGGUGCAGCAGGGUGCUGCUUCUUAAAGGCUGCGUCGACGCCUGGGAGCCCAAAGUCCUCCGGGCAGGGAUGGGAGCCCACUUCCGCCUCUCCAUCCUUUCCGACCUGGAGUGGGGGGUCCUGCCAAGCUACCUCCUCCCCGACAGCUGUGUGCACGUGGCCGACUGCUCCCAGCCACAGGCCACACCGGCAGUGGCAGAGAAUGCCACGAGCCAUGGCUGGGUCUCCCGGCCCUACAACAUGAAAGGGAAGCCAGCUCUGCAGGACUGGGACCCUGAUUUGGACGGCAGCGGAGACGAGGGGGAAGAACCGGCCCAGCUGGAAGUCCAGCCUUACUCCGAGCCCUGGAUGGAGGGUCCCGCGACGGCGGUGGUGAUCGGUGGGGAGACCCACGGCGUGAGCACGGAAGCCAGGCAGCUGGCCGAGAGCACCGGGGGGAAGCGGCUGGUCAUCCCGGUGGUCCCUGGCGUGGACAGCUUGAACUGUGCCAUGGCUGCCAGCAUCCUCCUCUUCGAGGGAAAGAGGCAGAUGAACCUGUCAUAGGCAGGGGGAAACCCCGUUUCCAGGAUCUGGCAGAACUGUUGAGGAACAGAUACCAGAGUCUUGCCUGUGGGGGUGUUCAGAGAAACAAACAUUGCCCUUUUUGGUUUUGGCCCCUCCAUCUCAGAAAGCCCCUUCAGGACCACUCCGGCUUCUCUCUGACUUGGUGGCACCGCACUCUCAGUGCAGCCCUGUUGCCGAAGAGAACUGAAAUGAACAGGGAGGGGAGGGGGCAUGUGUCUCUUAAGAGACUAUAGUUUACAAAGGGCUGUUUGCCAAGAAUGGCUCUCUGGGGGAGGCAAGUGAGAUUGCAAGAAAGCUCCGCAGAAACAUUCAACCCCAUUUUUACACUUUUUCUGCUUCAGUUGGUUGUUUUCCCACAUUGCAUCACUGGGGCUUAUGGAGGCAUAUGUACGUGGAGUGCCUGUGCAUUUGAAUUCCUUCCACCCCUGGGUAGGAAAACA